GUUAGUUAAUUUUGUACAACAAUUUAUUAGGUUGACGGUUUGGAACAUGCCAAGCACACUGUCGAGAGUGCACCCACCAUGGAUGAGCGGAAGACCUCUUUUUUGCGUAGGCUUUUCAACAACCUGCUUUGUUGUACUCGAGAGCAAAGGAGGGAUGUCGUAUUAUACCCUCCAAUGCCUGCACCGCCCCGACCGUCAUUCCGUGCUGAUGAGAGGAUCGUGCCCCCACAAGAGCCCCCACGGAGGAGCAGAAGAAGGGUGAGAGAAAACAUUGAAGAGCUUCGUCCGUCUCAACAAACUCAACUUCCUGAACCAUGGGCACAUUGUGAGUGGGCAACUAGUACUGAGGGCACCGGAGGGUCGUCAAGCUAUGUCGCCACUCAGGAACAUGACAUGUUCGCCGCCCAAGCCACCCCUCACUUCCACCAUCAGCAACAAAGUGCUCAGUAUCAGACCCCGCUUCAACAACACACAUCAUCGACUUUCUACCACGCUUCUGGUUCAUCUCAGCCUGUUAGACCCCCACCACCUGUCUACACUCCGGUGGGUGGUCGGGUUAAGAGGAAUCCGCGAGGAGUUGUCCAGCGGGCUCGUGAAGAAGGAGGAGGUAGAGAAGGCGGAAGAAGGGGUCGAGGAGGUCGUGGAGGAAGAGGAAGAGGAAGAGAAGGGGAAGUGGAGGAAGAGGGAAAUGAAGAGAACCAGUGAACUAUUUAUGUCGUCUUAAUCAGUGUUUGGUCUUGUGUUGUUUUUUCAUGAACUAUCUAUGUCGUCUUAAUUAUGUUUGGUCUUGUUUUGUUUUUCCAUGAACUAUCUAUCUCGUCUAAAUUUGGUUUGGGAUUGUGUUGUUUUCCAUGAACUAUCUAUCUCGUCUUAAUUUAU